GAGCAGGUGGGGGUGGGGGGGGGGACACCGGCUCCAUCCUCCAUCCCUGCUUCCUCUCCCUCGGCGUGGAAGCACACGGCGGGCGGGCAUUCACACGCAGCAACAAAGGGGCUCACUGUCCAUCUAUGACAUCCAAUGAAUACAGGAGUCAUUAAAGGAAGUUUCACCUUUUUUUGGCUUCUGACUGCAUCCUAAAGGGUGAAAAGCAUCACAAAGCAUGGAGCUGGAGCACUUUGACAGGCGGGACAAAGCACAGAGGUAUGCCCGCAGGGGUUCCAGAGGCAACGGGCUCCCCAGUCCCACUCACAGCGCCCACUGCAGCUUGUACAGAACCAAGACAUUACAAGCGCUGACGUCGGAGAAGAAAGCUAAAAAGGUUCGGUUCUACCGCAACGGGGAUCGCUACUUUCAAGGGAUUGUGUACGCCAUUUCUCAGGAGAGAUUCCGGUCCAUCGACGCACUCCUGGCUGACCUCACGCGAGCGCUGUCUGAUAACGUCAACCUACCCCAAGGGGUUAGGACAAUAUACUCUAUCGAUGGGAUGACAAGGAUUAUGAGCAUGGACCAACUGGUGGAAGGAGAAAGCUACGUGUGUGCCUCCUUUGAGCCCUACAAGAAGGUGGACUACACCAAAAACGUCAACCCCAACUGGUACGCAGCAGCAAAGACAGCCGCGUCUUCCCGCGACCCAUCUUCUCUUGGCAGCGCCAGAGCCGGAUCCCCAGAGACUCGGGAAAGCAAAGAGUUCAUCAAGCCCAAACUGGUCACCAUAGUUCGCAGCGGAGUGAAGCCUCGUAAGGCCGUGCGCGUCUUACUCAACAAGAAGACAGCGCAUUCGUUCGAGCAGGUCAUGACCGACAUCACGGACGCCAUUAAGUUGGACAGCGGCACCGUCAAAAAGCUGUUCACUGUUGAUGGCAAGAUGGUAACAUGCCUUCAGGACUUUUUUGGGGAGGACGACAUAUUCUUUGCUUGUGGGCCCGAGAAGUAUCGAUACCAAGACGACUUCAGUUUGGAUGAAAGUGACUGCAGGGUGGCAAAGUCUUCAUCCUACGGUCGACUUCCGUCUGUGCACGGCCGCUAUUCUCCAAGAAGUGGCGGAAUGUCCCGCAGGAGCAAGUCUCCCUCAUCUACUGGCUCUGUUAACGGGACAGCAGGAAGCCAGCUGUCAACCCCUCGGUCUGGAAAAUCCCCCUGUCGCUCUCCGACUAGUCCUGCAAGCCUCAGGAGACAUCAGGGUUCUCAGCACAGCAGUUCGUCACUCUCUUUAGCCUCCAUCAAGGUGUGCAGCUCCAUGGAUGAAGGAGACGGACCCAGCAUCGAAGCUGAGCCCAUGGACGAGACCACCGUCCCUGUCGCCAUAGCAGAGAGGUACAAAGUGGGGCGCACUUUGGGGAGCGGGAACUUUGCUGUGGUGCGGGAGUGUGUUGAGAGAUCCACUGGGAGAGAAUAUGCCCUCAAGAUCAUCAGCAAGGAGAAGUGCAGAGGAAAGGUGCAAGAACACAUGAUCCAGAGCGAGGUGUCCAUUCUCCGACGCGUCAAGCAUCCCAACAUUGUACUGUUAAUUGAAGAAGUGGACACCGGCAAUGAACUUUAUCUCGUCAUGGAGUUGGUUAAGGGUGGCGACCUCUUUGACGCCAUCACCUCCUCUAACAAAUACACGGAGAGGGACGCCAGCUGUAUGCUGUUCAAUCUGGCGAGCGCCAUCAAGUACCUGCACAGUCUCAACAUCGUGCACAGAGACAUCAAACCCGAGAACCUGCUGGUCUACCAGCACCCUGACGGCAGUAAAUCUCUCAAGCUGGGAGACUUUGGCCUGGCCACCGUUGUCAAUGGUUACCUCUACACUGUGUGUGGCACGCCGACCUACGUAGCACCUGAGAUCAUCGCCGAGAAAGGAUAUGGCCUGAAGGUGGACAUUUGGGCUGCCGGUGUCAUCACUUACAUUCUGCUGUGUGGCUUCCCGCCCUUCAGUUGUGGAGAGGACCAGGAGGUUCUGUUGGAACACAUCUUGAGGAGUGAUCUGGAGUUCCCUGCGCCGCACUGGGACAACGUGUCAGACUCGGCCAAGGCUCUCAUCAGCGGGAUGCUGCAGGUGGACGUGGACCAAAGACUCUCAGCCGCACAAGCGCUGGAGCACCCCUGGGUCAACUGGUGUGCGGGGUAUUUGCUUGCACAGGAUGAUGGCGUGUCCGAGAACCAGCAGCAGCUCCCUGUGGCCAUGGGGAUCAGGAAGCACUUUAACACGGGACUGAAGAGCAACAUUACAACUGCAGGUGUCAUGGUCAUCAGUAACACUCCGCUUGAUAAGGAAAAGCAAGUUUUCCGGCGACAGCAGCAGGAACACGACGCUAAUCUCGCCUCCCACUUCCCGCAUGGCGCCAGCUCCUCCUCCUCAUCGCGUGGUGCUAAUGCCGUCCUCUCGCCCGCCGACUUCACAUCAGAGUCCGAAGACUAUUCCCCGGGUUCGGCGGACACGGUGCGCUCCCCCAUCUCUCCCUUCUAAGUGCAUGCAGGACGCCAUCCAGCUGCUGGACAUGGUGAGCGACAUCAUUGGGACAGUUUUCACCCCUAACCCACCUGACCUUUGACUGUAUGGGGAAGGACUGCUCCAAUUUAGUGUUCUGCCGCCCUCUUGUGGUCAAUAUUGUAUAUUACAAGAAGCUGUUUUACAUGCAGCAUCAUGGCACUGGACUUCAGCAACUGUUACUUUAGUGCUGCAAAAGGAGGUGGUGGUGAAUAUGCUGCUAUAACAUAUACAAUUUAAAAACAGUAAUAUUAUUAACUAGUGAUGGUAAAGAGACUGCACUUUUUUUGGAAGGUUGCCUAUCAUUUAAAUCUUUAUAAAAGACAUGAACUCGUAAGUAAACGCUAACAAUUGAGCUAACUGGAGUCAUUACAUUGUGCGUCACUAUAAAAACAUCCAAAAGCAACAACAAUACUCCCUCCACAUUUCAUGAUCUGAAUAUUACCCAGUAUAGGAUAGGAUAUACUUGUAUCUGUGUUGGCCCUGCGAUGAGGUGGCGACUUGUCCACCUUCCGCCCGAUUGUAGCUGAGAUAGGCGCCAGCGCCCCCCGCGACCCCGAACGGGAAUAAGCGGCAGAAAAUGGAUGGAUGGAUGGGAAACUACAUUGUUGCAGUGCAGGUGUUUACAUACAGUAACACAAUUCAAACAAUUAUAAGUGAUAAAUACUACAUAUCCCGCACCAAUAUGUAUAGAUAAAAGGUAAAAUGAAACAAAAAAAACACUAAUGUACGUUUUGGAUACCAAGACAAAUCACAGUAAUCACAUAAGUGUAUUAGCCAUAUUGUUAUAAGCGCUAAUGUUAAGGACCUACUUUUAGAUGUUUGAUCACAAAGAUGUAACUCGCAAAAAUAAACAUUUGGCAUGUGUUUAUUGGAUCAAUGUUAAUUGGAUAUGUCGAAAAAAACUCAAACAAAUGUUAAAAAUAGGCAUCUAUCUUAUCCUGCUAUUUUGACAUCAUGAACUAGUGAGUUUCUUUCUCGCCUCUGAGUUGGUGAAAGUUAGUUCUAGAUGAGGAAUCGUGACUCUCACCUGGCUAGUUGAAGGUUGUGACUAAAAUUGGCGAGAAGGACACGAAAAGACGCUUGUUAGCACCCACAUUUUAUUUUAACUUUUCACGAGAAUUAUGAUUAAUUCGUCAUCUAAACAUGAAGAUAUAAACAUUGCAUCAGUCGGAUUCACAGUGAGAGCAGACAUUGUACAGUAAGUGGUUGUUUUACGUUUGUUGUCUCUCAGGAAGUCUGUCAUGAGUUGCAGUAAGUGUUCUUGUUGAAGGAAAAAGCGAACGUUGAGCUGUGUCUGUGAAAUUAAUAUGCGGCCGUAUGCUCAAAUGUGAGCAAAACAGGUAAAUAUUACAUGUUAUAAAUGAGCUUGUUACUACGUUACAUAUUUAUUUAGUGUGUAUAGGGACAAGUGGUAGAAAAUGGAUGAAUGGAUGGAUAACAUGUUACCGGAGGUUUUUGGAUGUUUUUUAGAGCGACUCCCAAUGACUCCAUUGUUGGCUGAAUUUUGCUAACCUUUGUUUACGAGUAAGAAUAUAUACAAAAAGAAAAACAAAACCAAAUUUAAAAAAUUGCUGUACCUCUUGAAGAGCACAUGGAUUGAAGUGCAAUUACUGCACCAAAAAGAGCACAGUGUUGAAUGCAAACUUUUGUAUACUGGCGGUGAUAAAUGUCAAUAAGAACAUUACAUAAAAGUAGCACGGUGCUUCCAUGAAAGAAAAAAAAAAAAAAGGAAUAUUUGUCAGGUGAACGUGAGUAACUGUGAGGACUGUCAUCUGCAUGUGUGCCGAUAUGCAUCUAUAAAGUGAUUAUUCCUUUUUAGAAAUGUUCAUUAAUGUCUGCAGCUGUUGUUUGUUUUGUAUCAUACUGUACAUGUUGAAGGAACUGUCAAAACAUCACUUUGUUCUUAAAAGGGCUGACCGGAAGAGGUUCAAACAAACAUGUUGCGCAGAAAUGAAUGUAAAAGUCUCCUGUCAUAGAGAAUGUCCAUUUCAUGUCCAAAAACACGACCUAACCUGUGGACUCCUUUUCGAUGUUAGAAAAAAAAACAUUUUCAAUUGGGAUUAACAAAAAAAUAUUCAAUAAAAUAUCUGCAUCACCAAGAUUAGACACAAGAUGGCAGUAUAAGCACUUGUACUUUUCAGUUGACAUCAGCUAGUUUCAGUACACGUUUUCUUCCUCAAAUACAUUUUUAUUACAAUUUAAAAUUUAAAAGGCAAAGUAUAUUUAAAUCAUUUGACAUAAUGGCAUAAAUUAUUUCCCAAUAACAAAUUAUGCUUGAACAGCUACAUUACAGUAAUAUAUAUUAAAAAUGAAUAUAACUCAAACAAGUGAAUGCACUGCUUUAUAU